AUGAAAAUUUAUCAGCUCUUGGCCUCCCUAUUUUAUUUUUAUGGGUCUAGCGAAGCACUAAAGGAAGAUAAAAAAGUUUUGCUUGCAGAUGUAAAGACAAUAACCUUUUAUCGCGGGAAACUUACCACAGGUCGAAGAAAUGAGCCAAUUAGACAAAUGCAAUGUGUCGGAGGAGAUGCUUGUCAUGAGUUCGUCCCUGACGUGGUACAAUGCACGAAUGUUGGAUCUGAUGGAACAGACACCAAUUGGCGUUGUGAUGCAGAACUUCCCAAAUCUUUGAAAUUUGGACCU